AAUCCGCUUUUUUUAGGUAUUAGCACUAAGAUGAAUAGAGAGUCUGAAUAUUUGUCUUUUUAUACAAAAACUAAUUUAAAUAACAAACGAAUGAACUAUUUCAGUAGUACAUUUGAUUUGCUAGUACCUAGUUAUAGUUGUUUUAGUCGCUUUUCCUUUUUGUCUGAGUAAUUAGACAAAAAGACUCCCCAAGAUUGUGUAUCUUCUAUAAGCAUUUAUACAAAUAGAGUAUAGGCACACAAAAUAUUUUAAAAUCGUUUUUACAAUAAAUAAUUUCCGCUUCUGCACAGAAUAAUCUAACUUAUCACACAUACAUACUUCUUGAGUGGGAAUUGAACCCACGACUUCAGGUGUAGCAUUCAGGAGACUUACCACGACAUCGAAAUACUUUCAGUUAUUGCUGCUUGAUGAAUAAAAUCAACUAAUAACGUACAACUGGGCUGUAAGUGGUUUUCUUUAUUCUUGAUUUAAAAACUCCUUGGUGUAAUUUUGCUUUCAAAUUCAAACCUCCUUUGAAUCUGUCAUUCUAGACUUCUAUGAGAACGAUUUUAUUUUGUAUCGCACAAUAAAAUUUUGUAUUUAUACUAAACAAUGGCUCGUAAACAAGCAUUAUCGAUCCAAGAAACUGUUGAAAAUAAUGAGGAUUUCGAGCACUUUAUUCAAAGUCAUUCCGACGUGCUGAUUUGUAUGGAAGUAUACUCUGAGUUCUGUGGCCCCUGCCUAGCAACCGGCAACGCCGUAAGAAAAGGCAAGCUGGAGAUCGGUCAAGAUAAAAUCGCUAUGGUCAAGUGUUGCUCUGAUCAUAUCGAUGCUUUAGCGAGAUUUAAAGACAAGAGUGAACCUGUAUUCCUAUUCAUACUGAAUGGCAAACUAACGCGAGCGAUGUUUGGCCCCAACGGAAUAGAUCUGUGCCGUAUCAUAGAAGAAGAACUAGGUUUCUUACAGCAGGAACAAGAAGGAAAGAAGAUCGAUCGGCCGCGCCUCGAAAUAAAUGAGAUGCUGCCAGAAGAAGCGGCGAAAAUGCAAGAGAACUUGAAGAUUGAGGAGGAGUACCGUGAAGCAGCCGAGAGGCUCCGCGUGCUGACGCUAGCGGCUCGGAAGAAGAGAGUGAACGAGCGCCUCUCGCAGAACAUCAAGCGGCUGAACUUCAUCAUGUUCUGGCCCCACUGCCACCAGGCCCACUACGACUUGUAUGAGAAGUGGGACAUGAUCAACAUCACGGUAGCUGCCAAGGACACGUUCCAGCUGGACGAGCGCAGCGCUCGCGAGGCUCUGUACAUGAGCGACGUGGACCCGAACGAGGCGUGUCUGCACGCGCUGCUCGAGGGCAGGGUGCUGGUCGUGCUCUUCAAGAUGUUCGAGACCGACACCAGAGACUUUGUCAAGCUGAUGCGCUACACGCUGUACGAGGAAGUCCCGCCGCCCAAAGAGGACGUGCCUCCGGAGAAGCAAGUCCCGCCGGUGCCCGCGUACGAGCGCUACGCCACUAUCAGCAAGUCUGCUCGCGAGGUCCGCCGCGACAGAUACAACGCGAAAUUGCGCAAAUUGCAAGAAGAACAAAAGGACCGCGAACGCUUGGCUGCUGAACAGGAGCGUCUGGCUCGAGAGGCGCAGGAGGAGGCGGCGAGGCUGGAGAAGCAACGCCAAGAAGAAGCGCGGAUGGCCAGGAUAGCCGCAGGGUUACCAGCGGAUCCAGAACCGGAACCAGCUCCGGCUCUAGAGGUGCCGGAAGGCGGUGAAGUUCCGGAAGAAGAAGUAAAGGAGGGAGAAGCUAAAGUGGAGAAAGCGGAGACGGAAGUAUCGGAGGUCACUGAAGCCACUGAAAUCACGGAAGUCACUGAAAUUUUAGAGGCGGAUGAAGUGCCAGGAGACGAAGAGAAAGUAGAAGAAGAGGAAGAGUUCCACUCUGACAUUGAGGUGGAGGGGGAGGACUACAUUCCUCCGGGAGGCCUGUUCGUGCCCGGAUUGUACACGCCGGCCAAUGAACUGGCCAAGGCCAAUGGCCUGGCGUACUUCUACCCGAAGGUAAUUCAUUGGCCGCUAUCCCAUAAAGCAGAGGCCAAUAAUCAUAAAGGGAAAGUUUCAGAAUUGAUCAUCAGAUUAGCUCAUUAUGUUUUGACAAUUUCAGAGUUUAACCCCUACAAUGCAGAGCACAUAGCUUACAGCAUCAAGCAAUAUGACAAGAUGGAACGCCCGAGAAAAUACCAGGACCGUCUCGCACUGAUGGUUUCUCGCAAACGAAGCUUGCCGCUGCUGCAACUGGCGGGCCUGAACCCUAUCUACAUCAGCUCUGACGUCAUCAGCGGAGAGAGGGAAUGCCUGUCUAUGUUCCCAGUGGGCUACGGCGACGACCAUGAGGAGAUCGAAAGUGUUAAGGAAGAGGAAGUCGUGGUCUCUGAUGAGCCAUUUCAACAGGAGGUACAGGAAGCAGAGCCUGAUGAACCGACUGCCGAAGACGAAGAGGAAGACGAUGAAGAACCCGAGCCUGACCAAGAGUAGAGCACACAGUCGCGCCUUACUGACUAUACUGAAGUACUGCCCCCCCCCCACGCUUCCAAAUCAAGUGUUUUUUAAGGCUAAUUAAGAGGCAAGAAAUAUCGCACGACUUGCAGUUCGUUACCGGCAAUGAUCUAUCAUUUUUGUAACGGAAGCUUUACAACUCUACAAUGUAACACCACUCAUACGAUAUUUCUCAAUACGUCUAUACGGUUUAGACUCUCACCGAUGACGGAAGACGUCAAAAUAAAAUAAUAGCGGGCAUAGCGGCAUCGACUCUAGCCAUAGUGAAUUACUAUUUUAAAUGAAGGAAAAAAAAACUGUAUUAUUAGAAACUUAUAAUGUGAUAGAGGUAGUAAGACCCUACCCCUUCUGGCCAACAUUUCUACAAUCGUUGACAUCAUUAGAAACACUCGAAUGUAUGGAAAGGUCUCAUGAAAAUGUUUUUAGUUUUAGUAGGCCUAAAAAAAUUCCAAAAUGGCAAUCCAAUGGAGAAAAAUCGGCAAAAACCUCCGUUUAAAAAUAAAUAAUUGAAACAAGAAUGUAUGAGUCCUCAGAUAUACAUCAUAACCGCAGGAUACUUAUUGGAUAGAAUUUGUAUGAUAGGUGUUAAAUAUUGGCAAAAUCUACGCUGUGGAUGCAUUAAUUUCACACAUUUAAGCGCUAUUUAGUGACGGUUGAGAACGUAGAUAUUUCAGUUGGCUGGAAGGGCUGGUCCAUUGCAACAGAUCAACUGGCUCUCUUCUAUAUCACAUUUGAAGGCAGCUUACUUUCUGUCUGGAUUUUCGAUGUGGAAAUGUAAUUUCACUGCCUGAAAAAAAACUUAAACUGGCUAAAGCUAUCAACAGACACUCCCAUCUUAUUCUAAACUACAUAUCUAAGUCAUAUUUCCAUACAUUACUUUCUUAGGCAUGUUGUCCUGCACUGAAAAAAGUGUAUAAGUAGUAUUUAGUGUUAAUUAAACAAUUAUUUCCUACUAGAUUUUUAUUUCAAAGCAACAAUCACUUAAUAUAAUUUUGUGUUCCUGUUUCCAUUGUUUGGGCAUAAUACUGUCCAAACAAUAUUCCAAUAAGUU